AUGGCGUCUCAUUCAAUGAUGAAAAUCAUGGCCAAACCCGAGGGGACUAAAUUACGUAUUGCGAUGUUCCCAUGGUUGGCCUUUGGUCACAUCAUACCAUUUUUGGAAUACGCCAAAUUCUUAGCCGAAAAAGGCCACAAAAUCACCUUUAUUUCAACUACCAGAAACAUAGAUCGCCUCCCAAAAAUACCUCCAAGUUUAGCCCCUUCGAUAGAAUUCGUAAAGCUUCCUAUGCCACGCAUUGAGGAGCUCCCUGAGAAUGCGGAGGCCACCAUGGAUGUUCACAAUGAUGAUAUUGAGUACCUUAAGAAAGCCUACGACGGGCUGGAACCCAAGUUGAUUGGUUUUCUGGAGAAAUCCCCGCCGGAUUUGAUUAUCUACGACUUUGCUCCUUACUGGCUCCCGGAAAAGGCGGCUAAGCUGGGCAUCUCUUGUGUGUUCUUUAGCAUUUUCAAUGCUUGGUUUUUCGGCUUCUUUGGAUCCACGGAUAUGUGUUUGAACGGAUCAGAUCCGAGGAAAACCCCGGAAGAUUUUAUGGUUCCAGCUCCGUGGGUCCCGUUCGAGAACAAGGUUGCCUAUCGGCGAUUUGAGGUUGACUGGAUGAUGGCCACCGGAAAGAGUAACGCUUCCGGCGUCUCGGACAUUCUCCGAGCAGCCAUAAUCAUGAAAAACUCGGAUGCGGUAAUAAUACGGCACUGUCUUGAAUUCGAAGGCCAGUGGUUGAAGCUACUAGAGGACCUUCACAACACGCCGGUGAUUCCAUUGGGCUUAAUGCCGCCACCGCCGCCGGCGGUGACCGGUGGCUCAGACGACAACAGUGAAACAUGGGUUUUCAUUAGAUCAUGGCUUAAUGUGCCGGAAUCGAAAUCCCGAGAAGCGAAGAAGACGGGUCGUACACCAGUGAUUCGGUGGCUGACUCGGUGA